CACAGCAGCCAUCUUCUGGGUCAUCUAUGAUAAGCUGAGACAGAGACUGGUGAACAGGGCCGGAUUUGUGGCGAGACCACAAAGGCCCAGGCCUAGGGCGGCGAAAUUUUAGGGGCGGCAUGCUAGAAUGCAUAGGGAACGCAAAGUUCCCCAGCUCUACGAUGCAUGCGCAUGUGCAAACUUGCGCAAGAAGGGGGAAUGGUGUGAGCCAAUAGCAGGCGAUAGGACCCUGAGGCAUUGGGCGCCCAGGGGAGAAAUCCGAUGCCAGCGAAGUGAUGCAUGCACAGUUGGAGCAAUUUACCAGUUUGCAACAACUGCACAAGGACCGAAAUGGAUGUAAAUUGCCAAAGCGCCGGAAGAAGACACGAAGAAGAUGGCUGCGAUGAACUCAGAUGCUGUGACUCUUCACCAAGGGCUAGGAGAUAUUUUUGUGUUGGAGCCAUGGAGAUGUCAUCAUAUUAUACCAAACUACUUGGGGAAUUAAAUGAACAGAGGAAGAGGGAUUUCUUCUGUGACUGCAGCAUAAUUGUAGAGGGCCGAAUUUUCAAAGCCCACAGGAAUGUUUUGUUUGCGAACAGUGGUUAUUUUCGAGCCAUGCUAGUUCACUAUAUUCAGGACAGCGGGAGACACAGCACAGCCUCUCUGGAUAUUGUCACAUCAGAGGCAUUCUCUACCAUCCUGGACUUUCUUUAUUCAGGCAAGCUGAACGUUUGUGGAGAAAAUGUGAUCGAAGUUAUGAGUGCGGCUAGUUAUCUGCAGAUGACAGAUGUGGUCAACUUCUGUAAAGCCUAUAUCCACUCUUCAUUAGACAUAUGCCGGAAGAUUGAGAAGGAAAGUUCCUUUGGACAGGCAGACAGUGGCAGCGAUGGCAUAAAUAGUGGAAGAGAAGCAGAGCUUGGGGCCUCACCUGAGAAAGAAAAUGACAGUGACUGCCAGAAAGAUCCACCCGGUGGCGACUGCAGUAGUUGCAACUCUAUAGAGCUGAUGGUAAAACAUCACCCAACCGACGGCUCCAAUGAAAGUAAAAGUUCCAACAAAGCAGUAGAACCAAAAGAGGAAUUUGACUCUGAUGUUGUGGAGGUGUCAGAGGGUGUACAAACCUACCAUAUUCCUACAGGACUGGAACAGGGAGAGGAAGGUCUGCAUUCAGCAUCUGGGGUUGAUAUAGCAUGCAAUAACUAUCACAUGAAGCAAUUUCUUGAGGCUCUUUUGAGAAAUAGUUCUUCCCAGAGGAAGGAUGAUGCAGUGCAUCAUUUUCCACGGGACUUUGAAUCUCGUCAAGAAGAUACUGGUGUCCCAAUGAGCUCUAUGAUGGAUAUUCAAGGUGACUGGUUUGGGGAAGACACAGGGGAUGUCCUAGUUGUUCCUAUCAAGCUGCACAAGUGUCCAUUCUGUCCAUACACAGCCAAGCAGAAAGGGAUCCUCAAACGACACAUCCGCUCUCACACUGGUGAGCGGCCUUAUCCCUGUGACGUAUGUGGGAAAAGAUUUACCCGACAGGAGCACCUGAGAAGCCAUGCACUGACUGUCCAUCGUUCUAAUCGACCAAUCAUAUGUAAAGGUUGCCGGCGUACUUUUACCAGUAAUUUAUCUCCUGGCUUGAGACGUUUUGGUUUGUGUGACAGUUGCACCUGCGUCACCACCACACAUGAUGACUCCAACCACCCAGGUGGCACAGAAGCUGCCUCUGAGAGUAUGGACAAGGAAGAAGAGGUGGAUGGAGACUGGCCAAUCUACAUUGAGUCUGGAGAUGAGAAUGAAGGGCCCGAGGAGGAGGAAAUUGAUGAUAAAGAUCAAAUCCACAGAGAGGUGCUAAUGUGACCACUGUACCCUAAGAAUGAGCGAGGGACUCAUCACCUUAGUCAAGACCAUUUACCAUCUCAUUUGCAGGAAGACUUCUCUACUCCCUCAUAAUGUGUGGCAAGUUACACAUAAACAUCACUGUAUAGUGUGCUUCUUGCUCUUUAAAUUUAUGAGAAGCCUGUGGGAAGGACACUUAUGACCACAUACCAGACAAUUUAAAAUGAGUUUUCUCUGUUCCUUUCACCAACAUACCAGGUUGCACAUUACACAUCUAAUUUAAAGUGUGGCGUGCUCCUUGCUCUUGCGGACAACUGAAGAAACAUUUUCACUAGUACUAUUCCACAUUUUAGUGCUGUGCACUAAACCCAUGUCUGUUUGAAGACUUUUAAUCCAUUGUAACGCUUGUGCUAGUUUUAUGUGUGCAACAAAUACAUUGCCAAAAUUCUGGUUGCAAACUGUCUGCACCCUGGUACAGAACAUUGUGACAAUUCCUAUGCUGUAGAUGUCCCUAUACUUCUGUUCACAUGUACUUUAUUUACUUUGACUGCAGCUCUCCAAUGCAUGAACAGGUGGUUUGAUUGCUGCCCAAAUAUCCACCUUAAUCGUUGAAAAUUGGGAGUACAGUCUUAUGCAGCACUGCAAUUUCACCAUUGAUCUCCGACUCUAUUGCAGUUAAAGGUCCUAUAAACGACUAUACGUAUGUCUAAACGUACCUUGGAUAGACUGACACACUGAAGACAUUCUCUGGAAAUAAGGUUUACAUCUAGGACGCACUUACUUGCAAAGGCAGAAAAGAAAUGGAUUUCUGUGUAUUUUUCUGCAUUGACCUUAAUGUAGGGUUUGUACACUUUCACACACUCAUACUGGAAGACCAUAGAAAUGUUUCACAAUAGAACCCGCAUUAUUUAUGUAGCUAUAUUAUGGUGGUAUACGUCUUAUUACUGUAUGCAGAACUUAAUAGGAAAUUAGAUAGGCCCUGUGUUGUUGGCUAGACAACAUUUUAAAAAUACACUGCGCAAAAUGCCUUGAAGUGCACUUAAAGACAGAGCCUGCUUUCAUAGAAGUAUAGGAAUCAAUGCAGUUUAACAGCAGAAUAAUUCUGGAGUAAUUCCUUGUACUUUAGUUCAUUCCUGGUGGUAAAAGCAGAAGGAAGGUUGAGAUUACCCCAAGCAAUUGUAUUCCAGAUAUGUCUGACACCUAUACCAGUUCUUUAUGAACCUACGCCUCUUUCAGUUGAGUAAAUAG